GCCGCGCUGCCGGAAGACCCGUGCGGCUCGGCCGCGCGGAGGCACCGGUGUCGUUUCCGCCGGGGCACAAUGGCGGCGCCGCGGUAGCGGCCGGGCUGUCGGCGGCCGGUGCGAAUCACUAAAUUGAACAGCAAUAACCAUGGGAGAUGCUGCAAAACCUUUCUUUGCCAAACAAAAUCAGGAACAGGAAAUUUUACAUCAAGAAUUAAAAGGAAGUUCCUUACAGAAAGACUACCAUGACUUCAUGGACGAAUGCGGACAUGGCCAUAGCAAUAAAACAGAUACCAGCCUGCAAAAAAAAAAGGGAACACCAGGUCACUAUGGAAGCAGUCCCAGGCGAGGGCCAUGUAGUGUUUUGAGUAGCUCACAUUCAAAUAAAAAUGCAAUAUACAGUCAAAGGUCAAAGUUAAAUGAUACCCAAAGAGACCAAAUGAGGAAGUGGGUAUCUGAUGACCACCGUGGUACUUAUGACGGCUGGAGAGAAUACAGAUCUGUUGCCCGGAUUCCUGUGCAUAGCAGGACAAGAAAGGACUCUCUUCAUGAGGUUGAAGGUGCUGGAAACAGAAGUGGAAGACAACUUCAGGAAGACUUCAUGAGUGAAGAUGUGCCAGACAUGCAGAAAGGAAGCUCUGGUAAUCAAUGUUUGGUUUCAGGGGUAUUUUGCACAGCUGUCCAGUAAAGUAGCUUGCUGUGUCUGUUACUGAAAAGUAAAAUUUCAAGAUUCACUGUUAGAGCAAAAAAAUAAUUUUUGCUCUGUCAUAUGUUGCAAACUAUGGACUGUACUAUACUGCAGCAUUUUAAAGACAUUGUUACAGUGAAUGAUACAGAACUUAUUUUAUAAAUUGUGGUGUUAGCUUAUGAGUGGUAGGAGUAGGUAGAUUGCCACAUCUGUGCAGUGCCCCGUUUUCAGUUUUCCAGGUAUGACGCGAUUGAAUCUGUUAAGGUUGAUAAGGGAUGUUUAAGUUGAGGUGAUGCAAGUGUUGUGGUUUAAUCCCAGCCCAGCAACUAAUUACCACAGAGCUGCUCACUCACCCCUCCCUCUCCCCCAGUGGGAUGGGGAGGAGAAUCAGAAAAAAGGUAGAACCUGUGGGUUGAGAUAAGAACAAUUUUUAAUAAUUAAAAUAAGGUAUAAUGUAAUACUAAUGCUACUAAUAAUAAUGAAAAGAGGAAUUACAAAAAAAGAAAGAGGGAAAGAUAAAACAAAGACAAACAAAAAAAAUCUACGAAGUGAUGCACAAUACAAUAGCUCAACACCCGCUGACUGAUGCCCAGGCCAACCUGUGCAGCGAUCUGCCCUUCUGGGUGACUCCCCUCAGUUUAUAUACCGGGCAUGAGGUGCUGUGGUAUGGAAUACCCCUUUGGCUAGUUUGGGUCCUGUCUUUGCGCUCUCACGGCACCUUGUGCACCACCUCAGUGGCAGAACAUGAGAGACUGAAAAGUCCUUGUUCAGGAUAAGGGCUCCUGAGCAACAACUAAAACAUCAGUGUGUUACCAGCCUUGUUCUCAGACUAAAGCCAAAACACAGCACUGCACCAGCUACUACGAAGAAAAAUGACUCUGUCCCAGCUGAAAUCAGGACAACAGGGUGAGAUUUUGGAGCUACUGAUGAGGUCUGUAACAACAUAUGUUAAUGAAGAUAGAAGACAAUGCUGCAUAGGUAUUGUGAGAACUUAAUGCUAGCAAUAGUAAUACAACAAUAACACAAAACUAAUUAUCCAUGCAUAUUAAACUUCUCUAUGGGCAGUUGAUGCUAAUAAUGAGAGUACAAGCCCUGAGUACUGAAAUGCAAGGAAGGACAGGCUGAGGGAGGAUAAAAUGAUCAAUAUCAUAAGAUCUUCAUUGAAUAUGAGUACUAAAAGGAAGUGUAAGUAGAAAGAGGAAGCUUUAAAGAAGAGAAUAUAAUUAAAUACGAAGGAUUAAGGCAUAGACGAGGUGCUGCUAACAUGGGACAGCUGCCUAUUCACGGGAGAUGUUGUUUUAGUUGAGAGGGAGGCCAAAGACAGUAUUGGUCUGCCCCCCUGCUGAGAAGGAAAGCUAUUGCUGGUUGAUACUGGAAAGUCCAGGAAUUAAAUGUCCUUUCCCAUGGUAUCAGCUGCCACUAAAAAGAUAAAACUGCGAGCAGUGUCUCUUAUUGUUAGAACUAAGUUGCACACUUAAACUCAACCUAAGCUGAGGAGAGAGCAAAGGAGAAUGCUUUUACAAGUUUGUCAUUGAAUGUGCUGGGUUGAAUGAACUUUUUCUGUGAAACUUCAGGAAGUCACUGAAGUAGAUUUUUGGAACCACCGGCAAUCGUACCUUGAGAACUUACCCAGAAGUGAGCUACUGGCAUAUAGGAAAGGGCAAACAUCUCUUAAAAUUGCAAUUUUAAAGUAUGCAACUUUAAUCUUAGAAAUCCAUUCUGGAACAAAUAAUGUAACCUAAUAUAAAUAUUUAAAAGAUAACAAAGAGAUGAGUAGCAGUAAACAUGGAUUUGUCAAGAAGAAAGUAUGCCAGCUCCUUCUAAUUUAUUUCUUUAAAAUAGUUGUCAGUUCCCUGUGGACGUGGGAGAAGCUGCUGGUACUGGUACAGUAGCACUUCAGACACUAUGAGACAGUUUUGUAAGUAGAGGAAAAUUCUCUAGAUGAAAUUAGUACAAGAGACUUACAGAGCUAUAACUAGAUAUAUACCAAAUAUUUACCAAAGAUUUUGUCAAAAUGAUAGGAAGCAUUGAGCAAGCAUCUGUGAGAAUUCUAUUCUGUUCAAUGUUUAUUACGUUAGUCUGAUGAUGAAUGAAAACAGCAUGCUUAUUAAUUGUGUGUUUUUAAAUUUCAGUAUGCUGUGGAGCUGGUAGAAACAAUGCAGAAAAGCAGGAAGGUCAAUUAAAAUAACUUUGCACAAUUGGCAAAAUGACCUACAUAUAGGAUGAAAUACAAAAUACAUGUGCAAAUGCCAUUGCUUAAGUAGGAAUGUCAACUGCACAAAUAAAGGAGGAAAAGUUAUUUUAAAGUAGUAUUUUUUUCAGAGAGGAAUCUGAAACUGUAGUGAAUCAGAAAAUGAUCAUGAGUAGUUAGUGUCAUGGCACUGUGAGGCAUGAAAGUGCCUGAAGUACUCACAGCCUGAAGUACUCCUGUUUCUGUAAGUCUUUGGUAAAUUCAGUUGCAGUACUCUGUCCAGCUUUGCACCCCACUUGAAUGAAUAAAAUGGAAACAGUCCAAAGAAGAGCGAAAAUAAUGCCAGGUCACAUAGAGAACAGAAACCACACAAACUGUAAACAAUCACCAUUCUCUCUGCAAAAGGGAAGAAUAGGGAGGCAUGAUAACAGUCUUCAACUAUCUAGAAAAGGUAUUAAAAAGCUAAUGAGGUAAUUGCCUUGUGUCAACACAAAGCAAUGGGCUUAAAAUUGAGCAGGAAAGGUUCAGAUGAGGAAUAAAGGGAAAGUUUCUAAUGGUAAAAGGGAAGUACUGGAGAGGUUGUCUGGGCAGCUCGGGAGCAUGUACCUGAGGGCCUUUAAGAACAGGUUAGGUGAGCAUUGCUAGGAUUGACAAAGAUAAUUUCAUUCUGCUGAGAAGCACAGGCAUGGCAUAGCCCAUCUCUUGAGGUCUCUACAAAAGCUCUAAUUCUAUAUCAAGUAGCAAACAAUUACUAAAAAUGUGUCACUUAGCAUUUCUUUUUACUUGAACUCUUCUAUGCAGUUGUCCCUUUCCUUUAUGGCUUUUUACUCUAGCUUAUAAGGAAGGAGUUCACCAAAUCUCUGAGGCACUGAUUUUUCUGCAGAAGCUUUAGCUUGUCUUUGGUACUUCAUUUAGUCAUUAACCUGUAAUUAGAUUGUCACUACCAUAACUACCAAAUACUAGAAGUGUUUGUUUACUUUGGAAGUUUGUUUUUAAGUUACUGAGUGGUUACUGAAAUAAUUGGUAGGUAGGUAGUUGUGACACGGUUUCCUGCAAUGACAUUAAUGUAAUAAACAUUUUUGUCAUAAGUUCUGUUUAGGCUGAUCAGUAAAAUUGUAGCCAAAGAACUGUGGCAGUCUUUGGAGUUUGAGCAGGAGAGUCAGGGUGAAAAAUGGAAGGAAGGGAAAGAUAAAGUUUAGAAACUCAGACUUCUGUUUCUCCUCCUUGAACUUCUUUUGGAGUACUGUUCCCGCAACCCUCACAGCCUCAGUUCUGUUUAUUCCAGCAUAAACUUGUGGUGCUGCUGAAAGAAAUUAUAUUGCCAUUCUUGGUCUGGUCCUGUUUACAGCACUAGCACAUGCAUGCUGCUUACUGAACUGAGUCAAACAACUGGUUGAAAAUACACAACCAGAUAGUUUCCCUUUUGCCAACUGUUAGAGACAAAAAUUGUGGUCCCAGCAUAGAAACUUUUUAAAUGUGUUUGCUAGAGCAGUCGUGUUACCUUUUUAAUUAUUAUAAAUUAAAACCUAAUGCUAUGAUAAGGGUUUUGGAGUCUUAAGAAGUUACAUAAACUUUCCCAGAAGCAGGGAACUUUAGGAAUUCCAUGCAUUCGGACAUCCUGUAUAGCCGUUCAGGUGAAAGAAAUGAAGAAGUUUAGGAAACCAAGAAAAUUGAGAAGAAAUAGAAAAGAUGAGUGUGAUCACGAUGAAGCGGAUGGUCCAGUCAUAGAUGAAUCUGUGCUGUCAGAAAAAGAACUUCUAGGAUUGCAGCAAGCUGAAGAACGAUUGAAACGAGACUACAUUUAUAGACUGAAGAAGCAAUCUCGAAGCUACCCAUCAGCAAAAUAUACCUGCAAAUUGUGUGAUGUUUUGAUUGAGUCGGUGGCUUUUGCUUAUAAGCAUAUUAAAGAAAAAAGACACAAGAAAAGCCUAAAGGAAAAGCAAGAAGAACAGCUGCUGACUGCUCUGCCUCCUCCAACACCUUCCCAGAUAAAAGCUAUUGGUGUUGCCAUUGAAAAUGUAGUACAGGAGUUUGGCUUAAGUAACGAAGAUCUAGAAGAAAGGCUCAACAUUAAAACAGUGAUGGAAAACUUACUGCAUCAAAAAUUGCCAGAGUGCUCAUUAAGAUUGUAUGGCUCCUCCUAUAGCAGAUUUGGUUUCAAAACUUCAGACAUAAACAUAGAUAUCCAGUUUCCUGCCAAUAUGACACAACCAGAUGUUCUCUUACUUGUGCAAGAAAGUCUUCAGAACAGUGAAUCUUUUACGGAAGUUGAUGCAGAUUUCCAUGCUAGAAUACCAGUGGUGAUGUGCAGAGAAAAGCAAAGUGGCCUUAUUUGUAAAGUGAGUGCAGGGAAUGAGAAUGCUUGUCUGAUAACAAACCAUUUGGCUGCACUUGGGAAACUGGAACCUACUGUAGUACCUUUAGUGAUUGCCUUCAGGUACUGGGCAAAGUUGUGCAGUGUUGAUCGUCCUGAAGAGGGAGGCUUGUCACCAUAUGUGUUUGCUUUGAUGGUUAUUUUCUUUCUACAACAGAGGAAAGAGCCUUUUCUACCUGUCUAUUUGGGAUCAUGGAUUGGAGGAUUCUCAUUAAACAAAUUAACUAAUUUUCAUCUGAAGGAAGUUGAAAAUGAUGCUGUAGUUUGGGAACAUAAUCCCAUUGAUGAUUCUGAUUUGCUACAAGAAACUUUUCCUAGAAGGGGCAAGGUUCCCUUAGUAUUUGACUCAGGACAGCAGUGUUCAGCACCUGCUGGUCAGCUCUGGCUAGAACUGCUUCGUUUCUACGCCUUGGAGUUCAAUAUGGCUGAUUUUGUUAUUAGCAUACGACUCAAAGAAGCAGUGUCUCGUGAAUCAAGGGACUGGCCUAAAAAGCGCAUUGCUGUAGAAGACCCAUAUUCAGUCAAAAGGAAUGUGGCAAGAACUCUGAACAGUCAGCUAGUGUAUGAGUAUAUUCUUCACUGCCUGAGAGCAACUUACAAAUAUUUUGCCUUGCCUCACAAAAAAAGUGCAAAAUCAAGCAAAAAAUCCAUUCUAAAUGCCCAUGAAGAGAAAUCCCAAAUGCUGUACCAUGGAAAAGAUGCUAUAAAUAAUAAAAAUUCUGAUUUGCAAAACUUGGAUUGUAGAACAAGCACAACAGUAGUGGAAGAUUGCAUAACAGAGACUACAGGUAUGCCCCAGACACAUAGAACUGAUGCUUCAAAACUGUGUGAUGGCUCAGAAAGCUUCGCAGAUGAACUGGCUGAUGAUAUAAAUGAUUUGGGAAUUGCCCAUGAAGAUUCAGACUGUAUAGUUGAGGAAGUUAUUUCUGGAGAUAAUGAAGAUUUUAAACCAAGUUGUGAAGAGACAGAAAGUGGAAAUGAAGAGGAAGAAGAGGAGGAAGACGAAGAACAUGAACAACAAAAAAGGUGGAAUAGUAUCUUGACUACUGAGCAGGGAAUAGAUGAAGAUAGCGAUAGUGGAGAUCUCCCUGUUACACUAAAUGAGCAUGAUAUAGAGACAUGUAGUACUUCAGACCUGGAAGGUUUUCAAAAUGCUGCACUUAUAGAGAGUGAUGAGUUUGUCUUAGAGUGCAGUGGUAUAAUGGAAGACAAGAUAGAUGUUGAUGAAGAGAGCACUGAAGGUUCUGAUGAUCUGCAUGAAUCCCUAAACAAAUUCACAUAUUUAGCACGGAGUCAAAUAUCCCAAAUGAUUAACUCGGAUGAUGAGGAGGAAGAGGAGGAAGAACCAAGUCAUCUAAACCAGAGAGAGUGUGCUGUUAUAAGAGCUGGAGACGAACUAGAUAAUGCAUACAUUGGAUCUGGUGAUGAUGAUGCACUGUCAGAGGAAGAAGAUGAUUUUUCCCUCUGCAAUAAAUGUGAGAACAAACAUAUUGAAGAACAUGUGGAUGGACUGCUGAGAAGCAAUUUGAGUCAAGAAGAUCUUACUGAGAAGGGAAGCCUUUUUGAAGAAAACACAGCAAUAGAACAGGGUUUAGAAUAUGAACUUUUUUAUGAAUUCAGUAAAACAGCUUUUACAAAGGGCAAGUCUCCUACAGUUGUAUGUAGCUUGUGCAAACGGGAAGGUCAUUUAAAGAAGGAUUGUCCAGAAGACUUGAAGAAAAUUGAGCUUGACCCACUGCCAGAACUGACACCCAAAUUUUCAGUUAUUCUAGAUCAAGUUUGUGUUCAAUGUUACCAUGAUUUUUCUCCAAGUAUUGUGGAGGAUCAAGCUCGGGAACAUAUAAGGCGGAACUUGGAAAACUUCAUUAGACAGGAUUUCCCAGGAACCAAGCUGAAUUUGUUUGGCUCAUCAAAAAAUGGCUUUGGCUUCAAACAAAGUGACCUUGAUAUUUGUAUGACAAUGGAUGGGCUGGAAACUGCUGAGGGACUUGAUUGCAUCAGAAUCAUUGAAGAUUUAGCAAAAGUUCUCAAGAAACAGUCAGGUUUAAGAAAUGUCUUGCCUAUAACAACUGCUAAAGUCCCAAUUGUCAAAUUUUUCCAUGUCAGAAGUGGUCUUGAAGUAGACAUCAGUUUAUAUAAUACUCUGGCCUUGCAUAACACAAGACUCCUGUCAUCAUAUGCAGCCAUUGAUCCUAGAGUAAAGUAUCUAUGUUACACAAUGAAAGUCUUUACAAAGAUAUGUGACAUCGGAGAUGCAUCUCGAGGUAGCCUUUCUUCCUAUGCGUAUACUCUUAUGGUGCUUUAUUUUCUUCAACAGAGAAAUCCACCUGUCAUCCCCGUUCUUCAAGAGAUUUACAAAGAACCAAAGAAGCCUGAAAUUUUAGUUGAUGGCUGGAAUGUUUAUUUCUUUGAUAAGAUAGAGGAGUUGCCAGUUGUUUGGCCAGACUAUGGCAAAAACACUGAAUCUGUUGGGCAACUGUGGCUGGGGCUUCUCCGUUUCUACACAGAAGAAUUUGAUUUUAAAGAACAUGUUAUCUGCAUUCGGAGAAAAAAUCUGCUUACAACCUUCAAAAAGCAGUGGACCUCCAAAUACAUUGUAAUUGAAGACCCCUUUGAUUUGAACCACAAUCUUGGAGCUGGAUUGUCAAGAAAAAUGACAAAUUUUAUAAUGAAGGCUUUUAUCAAUGGCAGAAGGUUAUUUGGUACCCCUAUAAAAGUAUUUCCUAAAGAAUAUCUGUCAAAAAUGGAGUACUUUUUUGAUCCUGAGGUACUAACAGAAGGAGAAUUGGCACCAAAUGAUAGAUGCUGCAGAACUUGUGGUAAAAUUGGCCAUUUCAUGAGAGAUUGUCCCAUGAGGAGAAAACUAAGACGGCGUCGUGGUUUUGAAGAUACGAAAAACCAGAGGUACACAGAAAGCAAGGAGAAAAGAAGCAAUGAGGACAAAGAAACUCAGCUUAAAACAACAGAAAAAGAGAGCUCAAUCAAGGAGGGAAAGUUGCGUGUGUGUACACCUCAGAAGAGGAAACUAGGAAGGACAAUAGUGGAAACUGGAAGAGAAAAGACUCCAAGGCAAUCAGCAGAGAAGUGGAAGCGCCUGGAAGAUAAAGACUUAAGAGAAAAACGUUGUUUUAUCUGCGGAAGAGAAGGUCAUAUUAAAAAGGAAUGCCCACAAUAUAAAGGAGCUGCAGGUGGCUCAAAACCAGAAGCGUUGUAUGGAUCCCUUUCUUUAACCAGUGCUUCCAAACAUGCUGGUAGAUUAAAUCAGGGAGUGCUUACACAUGAAGAAAAAAAGAAGCAAAAAGGAAAAAUAUUUUUGAGUCCCCAGUCAGGCAGCCUUUCCAACAAAUACAUGACUCAGGGAAAAGCCUCACAGAAGAGGACCCAACAAGACUCAUGAGGGAUAUUAAGCACUAUUAAAUUGCAAUACAGACCCUUCAUUCAUCUAAAAAAUUUUCUUUGGUUAAAGCAUCUGGAUUCAUGGGACAGCAGCAUAGACAACCUUCGACUUAAUUUUAAUGAAAUAUGGGUGGUUUAUUUUAGAUUGCUCGUACAAGCAAUACCAACCCCUGCUCUGAAAUAGAUUGUUGGAGCAUUUUAAUAGAAAGCCAUAAUUUUUUGUAUUUCUUUUUAUGUAAAUCGUAUAAAAAAGGACAGGUACUAAAAAUGGACUGUUUUCAAAGUUUUAUUGUUUCAUCUGAUCAUUUUAAAAUGCACUAAAAUUGUGUGCAAGCCAAAUACAUUAUAUUUUCUUCAAAAAUUGAUUUUUUGAGGGAGCAAAUCAUAUUUAUUAACGUUAAUUGUAUACUGAAUCCUUGUUUAAAAGUGUUUUAAAUGUUUGUAGAUUGCUACGUUUUGGUUUUGGUUUUUUUCCUGUGGAGAACUGAAAACACAGAUGCUAGUAAACAUAUGUAAAACGAUCUCUGGACAAGCAUUGCCACUGAGAUUUCUCGGGGGUUUUUCUGUUCUGUGAUUCUUAUGGGAGUUCAUUAGCUGCUGUGUACAACAAGAAAGAAAGACUAAGAAACAGGUCAGUCCUCUUUGAUGCUGCUAAGAAUCUUUUUCAAGCCCUUGGGCAUAAAGACAAAAAUGCUUUAAAGAAUAGAGGUAUUAUAUUUGGCAACUGUGGAAAACACAUGCCCAUUUUCAUAAAAUGUGAAAAAGAUCCUUACACUAGCUACGAACUUAAUUAGGAGUAUGAACUUGAGCUUUACUUGAAGUUCUUCCAGAGCCGGCAACGUACUGUCUUAUCUUGUUCAGGAAAGAAUUAGUUACAUUGUGAAAUUGAAACCACUGUUAUUUAUGACUUUGAAAUAAAUUAAAAAAAAAAAUAAUAAUUAAAAUCAGA